AUCAAACAGCAGCAAAUCGAAAGCGGAGACCUCCCCCAAAACGCCCAGCAGCCCCUCGAGCCCCACCUUUGCCCCCUCCAUCUGCCUCCUGGCACCCUGCUACCUCACAGGGGACUCUGUCCGGGACAAGUGUGUGGAGAUGCUCUCGGCGGCCUUGAAGGCGGAUGAUGAUUACAAGGACUAUGGAGUCAACUGUGACAAGAUGGCAUCAGAAAUUGAAGAUCAUAUCUACCAGGAGCUCAAGAGCACAGAUAUGAAGUACCGGAACCGCGUGCGCAGCCGAAUCAGCAACCUCAAGGACCCCAGGAACCCUGGGCUGCGGCGGAACGUGCUCAGUGGGGCCAUCUCCACCGGCCUCAUUGCCAAGAUGACGGCAGAGGUGAGGGCCAGGCCGGGACCUCUGCGCAGUGGG